GUCAGUCACCGCGUGUAGCGUUGCUUAUUUCUCUCGCGCGAAAUCGAGACGCAUUGUCGCGAUAUCGCGUCGUGCGAAAUCGAGAUGAGAAACGACUGAUCGUUUUGUUCGUCGCGCCGGUUUGACAACCUCCACACGUCGGGUGUGUUCACGUAGAAAUAGAGAGUUCAUGUAGAAUAGAAUUCAUCGAGGUGCGAUUAUAUUAUACAUACGCGCGAGUAAAGAACGUACGAUUAGAUACGUGUGCGAUUUCUCGAAGAGUGUUCAAAUAUCGUUGACUUCUCGUCUACGUAGACGCGAACAUCUCGCCGCGGAAAAAGAACGCGCGAGAGAAAAUGACAUAGCAUGGAAUUGGUUGUGGUCGCGAAUUCCUGCUCUCGUUCGAGCAGGAAGAAUGCAACGUGGAAUAAGCGAAAAGUAGAACUUGAUAUGAUUGUGCGACGAAUUUUUACGUGAAAAGAUAUCUCGAAACUUAAUGAAAUAACGAAAAUCGAAGAAUUCCGAUUCUUUUUCUAACGCAAAAAAAAACCCGAUCCCUGCGAAAAUUUCGAGAGAUCCAAAAUGGAGCUGCAACGAUUUUCUUUGACAUCGCUGACUUUGACUUUGGCUCUGAUCUUCCUCUUGACCGCGUGUUGUUGUUGCGAGGCCGCCACGGAAAGUGGCAUAAUAAAAGGAAGUCGGGAAACCUGCGACGCCGAAGGCGAGGACGUCACUCUGGACAAGCUCGUCAACACGACCUGCUACCGCUGUCUUUGUAAGAACGGAUUCGUGGAAUGUCUGAGGCAAGUGGAAUGUCCAAGCACCGAAGGUUGCUACGCGAUGAUGGAACCGCGCGGCAAGGAGUGUUGUCAGAGAUGUACAGGAUGCGUGCGAAACGGCGUUUAUCAUCCAUCGGACACAGAAUGGACGGAAGGAAAUGAGCCGUGCCGAAUAUUUGCUUGCAAAGCGGGCGUCAUCACUGAAUCAAAGCUGCUAUGUUACACGCCCUGCUCGAAGCCGAAACCGGCCCAACCCGGCCAAUGCUGUCCCGUAUGCGAAGGAUGCCUUUUGAACGGACAGAGAGUCACCGCGGACAGAUCGGUGACAACAACCGAAGAUCCUUGUGUAACGUGCAGGUGCAAUAAAGGAUACCUCAGCUGCGCAAAACAAGCCUGUCCGACGCUCAAUUGUCCUUCGUCGAAGAUUGUUCACGAUCCUGGGGAGUGCUGUCCGCGCUGUCGAGGUACUGGAAGAUUUUUCAAACCUCCUGGCGGUUCUUGCUUGCUCGGCAAAGAGGUGUUCCAGCCGGGAAAGCAAAUUGUUCUCGACGAUCACUGCACGCUUUGCACCUGCAACAAUUCGUCGUUGUCGUGCAUCAGGGAGACCUGUCCGGUGCUGGAAUGUCCCAGUAACUUUCAGAUACGUCCGGCUAAUCGCUGCUGUCCCCAAUGCCCGGACGUUGAGGAGAGCAGAGCUUCUUGCACCCUCAACGGACGAACUUACGAGGAUGGCGAAAAUUGGAAGCUUGACGCUUGUAGGGCAUGCACUUGCAAACAGGGCAUAUCGCGUUGCGUAAUGUCUAUGUGUCCGCAGUUGAAUCCUUGUCCGCCGAAUGCAAGACUGGAACAUCCGCCGGGUCAGUGUUGCCCGCAAUGUGUCGAGAGUGACGGAGUUUGCACAGUUUUCGGUGAUCCUCAUUAUCGCACUUUUGACGGUAAAGUCUACAGUUUCAAGGGCGCGUGCAAGUAUCAAUUAGCCAGUGAUUGUUUCGGUCACACGUUCAGCAUACGCGUGACUAAUGACGCCAGAAGAACCAUGAUAUCAUCGUGGACCAAAACCAUUGCUAUAAAGAUCGGUGACUUGAAAGUAAAUCUUGGUCAGAAAAUGAGGGUGAAAGUGAACGGGAAGAAAGUGGAUGUUCCUUAUCGCGUCGCAAAUCGAGUGGAUAUCAACCGUACAGUUGAUAGCGUGAUUGUCAACACGCAGAUUGGGGUCAAAGUCCUCUGGGAUGGCAUUAGUUUCGUCGAGGUAUCCGUGCCCGCGUUGUACAGAGGUCGAAUGUGCGGUCUAUGCGGUAAUUUCAAUUCCUUCACCAAAGAUGACUUCACUACACGACGCAACCGAGUAGUGCAAGAUGCGCAGCAGUUCGGCCAAUCUUGGGCCGUGGGCUCCAAGAAAAUGUGCACCCGAAUUUCGAGGCCCGGAAACAUGGACAACGAGAAACGUUGCCGAGGAAAGAAUCAACGAUUGUGCAAUCGGCUGAGAUCGCAGAUCUUCGAUGCUUGCCAUAAGAAGGUAAAUCCCGCUAUGUAUUUUAAAGCUUGCAUUCAUGACAUGUGCGAAUGUCCGACCGAGCACUGUUACUGUGAGUCUUUUAUGGCGUACGCACACGAAUGCAAGCGUCUCGGUAUUCAGCUACCGCACUGGCGAAAAGCCUCAAAAUGUCGAACCGUUUGGGAUCAGACGAUAAAUCCCGCUCGCCGUCUACAUUAAUCGCGCGCUUCGUCUGCCACUGCGUUCGGCCUCUCAAUGCUGAAAGAAAGUGCGAGGCGAAUACGUCUACAUUGAAUUCCGUACAUAUAUAUAUGUAUUCUCUGUACGCAUUUGGAAAGAUUCUGUGUAAUUCUUUCCCUCUUUUUCCCGUUUCGAGAUACGUUUUAGUAUCUGCGAAUAAUAUAAAAAAAAAGAGGAGGCACAAAUAUAUUGCGAGAUAAACAUUCGAGUCAGUUUGACUUUGUGAUACGUGAUCGAUUUAAAAAAAAAAAAAUAAAAAGUAAAAAACCCGAACACGGAAAAGUCUUUUCUGAGUAGGGGUGUGUGCGUGCGCGUGUUUGUGUGUAACGUCUGAUAAUUUCGUGUCGCGCAGACAAAAUGCAGCGCAGGAAAUUUAUUAUUUUUUACAUUUAGCGCUAAAUUAACGUAACGCAAUUCAAUUCUUCUAGUAGUUGUAAGCUUGUGUGUACGAUGUGAGUUUUAGAUUUUUAGAUUCUAUAUAUCGGGAGAAAAAAUGAUAUAUAUGUUUGCUCUCUCUUUCUUCCUCUUUCUCCCCCUCUCUUUCUCUUUCUUUCUCUAAUUUUCAUCCGUGUGUUUUGUCAUAAUUUUUCAAAGAGAACGUUUUGAGAGAGUUUUUAUUGAACAAUAUUAACAAAACUACACGACAGACUCAUGAAGUGUAUCGUAACUUGAUGUAAUUCGCAGCAAAGAAAAGUUUACUCUGAAUAAUUAUGAAUGUUAUCUGAACGAACAAUUGUACAUACUUCACUGAUUCGUAUAUAUGUGUCUUGAUAAGUUAAUAUAAACGCAUCUCCGAGAGUAGAGUCCUAUUGCAACGAGUAUACACACCGACAAAAAGAGAUCAGUAUGCUUGAAAUUGUCGUGAGAACGACACCGUUAGUGGCAAUGUUUUGGAGCACCGUGCAGUAUUUCGGCCGAUGAGCAGGCUCGCGGCAUAGCUUGUGCUCUCGUCAACACUGCCUCGUUGACACCAGAUAUUACCCCAGAUAGAAGCCCCGCGCUGGGGGCCAGUCGACGAAUCAGCGUUGCCGAGUGUACGUACAUAUCAGUUUAACAGAAUCGAACUACGUGUCGAUUAAUUGCAACACUGUACAACAUAUAAUUUUUGCUCAUUGGUAAAGAAAGGUGAUUUUUUUUUAUUUGUAGAUUUUAAUGUGCUAGAAUUCGAAUCCAAUCUCAGAAAUCACCUUCCUUCAUUAAGAAGCGAGACAAAAAUGUUAAAUUUCUUGUACUUGUGUUAUCACCAAUGUAUACACAAAUAAAUUUGUACAUCUGUACAGAUCGCAAAUUUUUGAAUCCAUAGAUCGAUUGUGCAACUUUGUUCGGAGUCGAUUUCACUCGAGAGCGAUUGCGACUUUCAUCGAUUUUCUUUUUUUUCUUUUUUCUUUUUUUUCAAAGGAAAAGAAAAACGCGAUACAAAUCGAUAUUAUUCUAAUUAGAAUUGAAUAUUCCAAAAAGGUACGUAAUAGCUACUCUGUUGUAUUCUCUUUCUAGAUUCGUCACUUCACAUUAUUCUUAUCUCUGGAUGAUAAAUUCUCUUUUUCUCUCUUUCUUUCGCUCGUUGAAUUACAAAUUUAUCGCCAGCUCCGGUGCUGCGCGGCCUUCUCUUCUCCACGUCAUUCUCUCUUAUCUUUGGAUUCAUAGAUUCGCGAUUUGUGAGACCCACAAUUUCGUCAUAGAAAAUGGAUGGGGGGAGGGAGUGAUUUUCCUCUUUGCCUUCUUGACGACACAACAAUACAACUUUUUAUAUUCUAUAUAUUUACUUAGUGUAUAUAUAUAUAUAUAUAUAAGUAGAUGUGAAUAAGUAGAUGUUUAACUUUGUAGCGAAAUAUCACAACUUGUACAUAGAAAUUAACGAACGAUUUAUACGAACACUACGAUAAUGAUUUCUAAGUAACGUGCGAUUUUUAAAUAACAGCUCUGCAUUUAUUAUCUCUUUCACACUCCGGCUUUUGGUCCGAUUCUCUCUUUCUUCCUUGUCUUCUCUUCUAUCUGUUUUAUUUUUACCUGUAUUAGAGAUUGUGAAGAUUUUGCGAAUAGAUUUUUCACAUUAUAUACAAUUAUUUUUAUAAAAACUGAUAUAAUAAGGCAGUAACCUUUUUUUUUUUUAACUUAGAAAACCUCUGUAUUGUAUAUAGUUAAAAUUGAGCUGUAAUUAACUGUCACACCGAAUGAAUUUUGACAAAGAAUUCAACUUUGUAUACUGGUAAUCCAAAGCGUUAGUCAAAUUUUGUCGACUCUAACAUUACAACACUUUAGCGUAGACUGUAGAAAUACAAGUACAAGCUUAAUAAUAAAUCGAUUAUAUUCAUAAAUAUAUUGCGUUUGUAAAAUCUCUCUUCCCUUUUACACAAUCGUUUAUGUCACAUAAAAAAAUUUACGUGCGCAAAAUCGUCAAAAGUAAUUUGUUUCUUUGAAAAACCUAAAAUAUUUACUUCGUAACAAGAUCUGAUAACUCAAAUUGAUUCACGCCGCUAUCUCACCCAUCUACAUAAAUUUGACGCAAAAACUCUCUUGGAGAAAAUUUGCGAGAAUUUAUCUGAAAAUAAAGUACCGCCACGACGAAAAUAAAUUUUUUUUCAAAAUGUAUUUUGUUCGACUACUACGUAACUGUCGAAAUUUGCAAUCCAACUUACUAUUAUGACGCACUUUUUUCACAAAUAUUAUGUUGUUGACGAUUACGAUAUUUUAUAUUAUCAAGGAGCUUUUUUACAUCAGUGCCUUUGACAGACUAAAGAGCAUUACAAGUGUGUCACGAUUAUAACUGACUGUCUACCAGAGAGAUACACAUAGAAAAGGAAGGAAAGCAAUAACCUUUCCUUCUCGACUUUAUUUUUUUACUUUUUUUUUUUUUAGUAUAAAAAUAUAGAUUUCGGGCGCGGCUCCCUGCGAGGAUGUUGAAAAGUUCGCACUUCAACAAAAUAAGAAAUCCAAAUAACUACCGAGUUAAAAAACUGAUAUCGAGGUCUCUUAACUGUGGUUGUGAAAUGGUAUAUUUCAUUUUAACAUAGAUGCAGAGGCUUUUUAUUACAUUAUUUGAAAUUGCUAUAAUAUUGUAUGUGAGUAUGCGAAAAAUGGUAUAAUCUUAAAUACGUCUGUCGUAGAAAACAAACACUAGAGAACACAAGAUAUGCUGAGAAUUGGGGGUGCCGUAACUACUACAUCAGAAGAGAGAAAGACUUAUAUAAUAUAAUUCUAUAUAAUAUAAUAAUAUAUAUAUAUAUAUAUAAAUUAUAUAUAUAUAAUUAGUAACGUAUACAAUACUCUAUGAAACAACAACAAAAUUUCUAGUUUCCAAAUGCCGAACUCGUAAGUUAUAAAUUACUCAGUAUUUACGUCGCACAAAAGUGAAAAGAUAAUUUUGCGACGAGAGAAGUUUUGUCCCCAAUCGGAGAGAAUAAAAUUGAAUUGCUCGUUGAAAAUAGGGGCGGAAGAGCUAAAAGUAAAAUUUUCACCGUCAAAUCACAUUCUCUUUCGGUGAUGAUUUCAAUUUUUCAAAGAAAUGCAAACUUGUAUGCUUUAGCGUGGCAUGCUAUACAAUAGUUUUUUUUUUCUUUUUUGAGAAACUCGUAAUACAUAAAAUUGUAUCUAUUUUUCUAAUAAAUCUUGCACAACACAGUACGAACGAAUUUUUCACCCCAACGGGAUUUGCAUUCGAAAAUAAAUUUCAUCGAAUAACAAUAAUUAUGCAGAAGAUCGAAUCCUACCGCAAUAAAAUUGACAUUUAUCUAGUCGAUAAUAAUAACAACACUAAAACUUCAUUGCUUACGUAAGAAGACAGAUACGAGAUAAGGAAAAGUAUAUUCGAUCUGGUUCUCGAAUCUUGAUUUUUAUAAUACACAUAUAUGUAAUACAACUCGACGAGCGAUCGCGACUUUCUCUGUUUCCGACUCUUAUACCGUUUAUAUAAAGUAAACAACAUAAAUAACGUAACCAAGCGAAUAUUUAAACUUACAGCACAAAAUGACGGAUGUCCUUCGUGAGUCUUUUAAAAGAAAGCUCUUUGUUGGCCUGUUUUUACGAUCCGUGCAACAGUACUACAUCGAUUGUAAAUGCGACAAUUUCAAAAGCUCGUCGCCUUCGUCGAGUUGUCACUAUAUGUCAGAUGUAAAAAAUCCAAGGAAAAGCUCACACGUCGAGCCCGUCAACUAUAUCUCUACCAUAAUCACGCUUAUUAAUCAGUAAUUAAUUAUUAGCCAUGCUACCAAUCGCAAAUGAGCACAUGUGUGUCACGACCGUCGAAAAAAUAGGACUGAGGGGAAGAGGAGGUAAAUAUCGUUUUUUUUCUAUAUCGCUUGUACUAGUUUUUUUUUUGUUUUUUUACCUAAACCCUCUCCGAUAAUCAUGACCUCUUCGACGAGACGAAUUAGGAAGACUCGACGAGAGAAAGCGUAAUUAGUUUUAUUAAUUAUACAAAGAUGCGUGAGGAAAGCGCUAAGUGGAUCAGAACACUGUGUUUGAUCCUUUCGAUUGUCAUUGAGAUCCCUGUCUGAAAUCAGCCGUUUGCUCGUCGUCAAAUAUUUAUAUAAUCACACGAAAAAUUGUUUUUUUUUUUUUUUUUUUUUAUAUAUAAUAUAAAUACACAAAAUCUUGUAAGAUCUCUGUUUUCUCAAACAUACGAUAAAAAAGGUCGCAUAAUCACAGAGAGUUCGACUUGUACAUACGUUCUCGUGUAUCUGAACCGGCAAUAGAAUCUUAUCUCGCGCGCAACAAGUAUGUAUUAUCAGCAACGGCAAAGAAUGCGUAAAACUUUGUGCGCGCAUCGCUAUUUUCAUAUAUUGUCACUUGUAUUACCUCCGCGCAAAUGCGUGAACUAUCCAGAGAGCAUCGAGAACUGAGAGACAAAGAAAAGAUGUCUUUUAUUGUUUUGUUUGCAUAAUGCAAAAAGAUGUCCAAGAGAUGUACCGAACAAAAAGUGUUCAUUUUUCAGUCAUCUUUCAAACAUCUGUGUCUGCUGUCUGGAUAGUACGUUAGUAGAUGAUACUCUCUGUUUAUCAUCAACAUCAGGCCACGAUCGACUCAGCGCAUUCUCGACUCGCAUCAAAAUCUCUUGUCAUUACUGAUAUAAUAGUAUUUGAAUUUAUUCGAGUGUACGACUCAUUGUCAGCACGAUUUCCGUAGUCGUCGUCGUACUUCGCGGCUCCGUCGUAAAAGAACGACGGAGGUAAAAAGUAGAUAAAAUACUUGAAACUCACGGGAGAUUCUACCAACAAAUAAAAAAAAAAAAAAAAAAA